UUAAUGCGGGCCUUUGGGACGGUUAUGAGGGGCAUGAAUGAGGUCUCUAACUACCUGCUCAGCGGGGGAGUUGUGUCCGCAGCGAGGCAAUCAUUCGAGCUAGUAUAUAGCCGCAUAGAUGUAAGCUUCUCCAUGAUGGUGAACCAUUAGGGAGCCUGUAAGUGGAAUUGGACUCCUUGUGCUUCGUUAGCCUUGGGUGGGAACGAAGAAGAGUAGUAGUAGUGGUAUGGGGGUUACUAUUUGCAGUGCACUGCAGUGAAGUGCAGACAGACAGAAAGACAGACAGACACUAUAGCUAGCCGGACAGUUCGACUUGUCGGGAGGCAUGUAGACGUUUUGUUUGCCGAGCUUCCUUCCUUCCAUGCGUCCUGAGGUGGGAUGAGGUGGGGUGUGAGAGUAGAGAGUUGGCCUUGGAUGGAACCGAGUUUAAGAUUCCGAGGUCUGCACGUUUUCCUUUAGUUUCCAAGUCUUAAAAAGACCUCAGGAUGCGUCGAGAUGACUCUUUCGGAUUCCAUAAACGUUGAUCUGGAGCGUCUGGAUUGUCACCGUGCAAGUUGACGGUCACGAAGGAGACCAAUUGAGAGUGGCUGCUAGAUUGGUGGGAGGAUUCGAAAAGCUGGAGCAGCGAACUCACUGGAAGUGAUUGAAUAUCGGAGACGCGAUUAACUGGGCAUGGUCCAUACGGAAGUGGGGAUAGAGCUCGAUCCUUAGGUCCAGUUUUAGGUAAACUUAUUUAGUCGUUGAAAACUCAGCUACAGUGGUAUAUUUUCUUAUCCUCGGGCCGCUGCAAGGCACGUGGUGAGUUAGUCGACAGUUUGUUGUGGACAUGUGAGAUUCUGCAACCACGGUAGUAGGUUGGAGCUGAGAUGUACACAUCCCUGAUGAGUUUACAACCUGACCUUCGCAUAUGCAUCUUAGGUGUCUUGUUGUCUGCGAUAAUCAUUCUAAUCUGUUUGGACAGAAUGCUGAAUUCCUGCUUCACACGGUGGUAAAAUAUUUUCUGUUGGGCUAGUCAAAAGAUUCAGGUGAGACAAGGUUCCCUCGAAGACCCUGCAUUCGCUAGGAAAUCUGUCUGGGAGGGACUGUCUAUAUGUUGUCACAUCCAUGUGAUCAAUCUUUAGCAACGAGGAAGCUAUACAUUGCCUCCUUGGGAAUGUAGAUACAGGGGCUCAUGCUAUCAAUUGAAAGGUCCUCCAACAGGCAACUUGUGCUAAUUUUACAGCUGACAAGUGCAUCAGCGUUCCAUACGUCGAUUGAGAACGUUGUAUCCGAAUGGGGUCACGUGACACAAAUUGGAGCGAUUUUUGGUUGUGAAGCUGCCCAUCAAUUCAACAAACAUCGCUCAAGCAUGGUGUCUAGGCCACUACGACGUCCCUUCACCUCACAAAAGCAGCAUUUUUACGUAAAAAAUUCGGUAUCUGUUAUGGUCGGAACAUAUUACAAGGAAUUGUGCGUACGAAUUGCCCCGGGUUGAUGAUUUUACAACAGUUUCAAUAGAGAAGAAUAUCUCCUUGUCGAGCUCCUGUGAGCGAAAAUUUUUCUCGUUUGCGAAAUUUCAGUAGCGGAAAUGCAAAAGGAACUGUCCAAGUGCCCGCAACUACUGCUGACGGAGUGAAUGGAAUUAACCAAACUGGAACAGAUGUUACCAAAUUGGCGCUUUGAUGAUGUACAAGCUGUAAAGUUCUCUGGUAUAGAUUUUUCUGCAACACCGAGGCUGCAGCAUUGAAAAUUUGGUGCUCUUGCAGCACCAUCUGCACUAGUGAUGGGCCGCCAUUCGUGUUCCCAUAAACAGAAACUCAAGAAAGGUCUGUGGUCUCCAGAGGAAGAUGAAAAGCUCGUGCGAUACAUCUCCAAGCACGGCCAUGGCUGCUGGAGCGCUGUUCCAAAACAAGCAGGAUUACAGCGAUGUGGGAAGAGCUGCAGGUUAAGGUGGAUAAAUUAUCUGAGGCCCGACUUAAAGCGAGGUGUCUUCUCUCCAGCGGAGGAGAAUCUGAUCAUCGAUCUUCAUGCUGUUCUUGGUAACAGAUGGUCGCAGAUUGCGACGCAGCUUCCCGGUCGCACUGACAACGAAAUAAAGAACUUCUGGAAUUCCUGUAUUAAGAAGAAGUUACGCAACAUCGGUAUUGAUCCCAAUACACACAAACUGGCGACUGGAGAUUCACAUAAAAAUCUAGGAGGUUCUUCUAGAAUGGAUCCAUCUCUUGAAGGACCUUUCAACACUUCGUCUCUCCUGACUGGAGCUCCAUCCUCGCAGUGCCCUUCUCAAGCAGCCGGACUAGUAAGGUUUCCCAUCCAUGAGUUCAAACUCCAAUCCCCCCGCAUGUUUUCCUCAAGUAACAUGGAGUCCGACGGGUUGUACAAUCCAACCAGAAAUCCUCACUCAAGUCCCAAUGGCUCUCUCGAUGAUCACCGAAAUUAUCUUGAGUUUCUGAAAUCUAACAGCUCCCUUGGCAGCUGUAAGAAUACAUUUCCUCUUUCAACGGAUAAUCUUCUCGAGCGGCUGCGAUUGAGUGGAGAAUAUAAUGGAACGCAGUUGUCGCCCACGGUGCCACUCCUGACCACUCAAACUGGACACGUUUCCUCUCCUUUCGACAGUGGGUCAAUCAAUUCCAGCAGCUUACCUUUACCUGGUCAAGACAAUGACCUUCAACAGGACGGUGUCAAGCCCGAACCCGCCACGGUAGUACCUGCAGCUUACAAUCCUGUUUUCUGGUUGUUGCAAGGCUCAGAAAGGAGUUCUCAAGGUCUUGUGCAGGGGAGCAUGUCCAAUGGGUUACAGCAAAUGUUGCAGCAUUCGCAGCACUACUUUAAAUCCUUUGGCGACCAGAAGGGCUCUAGCACUCAGGACAAGAUUCCCAAGGUUGAGAUGAGGCUGGACACCUUCACAUCUAGUUCUCGAAUGGCCCAAGUAGUGGACAAGGGAGACUUGAGCUCCAUGACAGCCAGUUUUCAUUUGCCGCAGUCUGGCUCGAUUUCAACCCAGAACAUCUGUCCACGGGCUCCUGGAAUUUGUACAAGUAUUGACACACCAUACCCUGGGUCCAUCAGAACUAUCAACUUUAAGGGAACUCAUGUUGAAGGUGAGAAAUCUUUUAGCUCCGAUGAGAUUGCAGCAGCUGGACGGCACGAGCUGCAGUAUCAUUGGGACCGAGGCAGCAGCUGCGCCAGCAGCAGUACCAGCAACAACACCGAGAUUAGCAUCCCAGGAAGCUUGUUUGAGACGUCCACUAUGCUCUGGGCCGGUGGACUUGUGGAGAAGCCUGACGCGGUCGAGCAGAAUCAGUUAAUGUUGGCUCGCCCUUGCAAGAUCAACCAAAGUACUGUGGUUUCGGUUGAUGAGACAUGCAGUGACCACAGCGGUGGGUUUUCCCUGGACCAGUCCGACGGCGACACAAUGAUGAAAUGGUGCAGUGGUGAGAUCAUCCCUAUGGCUGAGCCAGCAUUGAACUUGGCUACGGCCCCUCAUGGGAAUGAACAAGCUUAUUCUGAUCGGCAGGUGAAGGUGCAAUAUGCACCUGAUGAGGAAGUUGCACAAGAGGAGCAACCGUUCAGUAAUUCUCGUGUCUCUAUGAACUGGCAGAAUAUACACCAGAGUGGUCAAGAGAUGUAUGACCCUUCUGAAGCUCAGCUUAUUGCCCCCAUGUCUCCCGAGCUUCAACGGAUGGCUGCAGUUCUUGAUCAAAUUUGAAGUUAGAAAUGGUUAUCUAGAAGGACUUUUUCGACCUUGACAAUCGUCAUCUGCACAAUCUGAGUUUCAACUCCAAUUUCAUCUGCCAGGUACAGAUUGCACAACAAAUAAAGUACUACUAAUCUGGAAAUAUCUCGGAGUGUAUCAUUGAUCUUGAAUCUACACUCGUGACAAUAGCAGUAGGUUAGCAUUCUAUUUAUUGCUGUUUGGUGUUCAUUCAACAUACAGGUAAAGAAAAAGCCCUUAAUAUUGGGCUAUCGGUCUGAAAUAAUAAGCGAUGGGGGAUAGCAAUAAGCAAUAGAGGAGAAGGUUGAAGUCAGCCAUGAGAAAUAGCCACCCGUAGAUGUUGAAUUGCAGGUUCGAAGUCGUAUAGGAAAUUACAUAUUUCUGACAAUGUCAAUGUCAAUGAUGAUUCUUUUCAUAGAAGUGAUCCACUUGAGCACCUGCGGAUUGUGUACAAUCGUUAGACACAAGGCUGAGUGUUGAGCAUAUUACGUCGUGUCCCCUAAGACGGUUCCGAUCGAUGGAUAAGUGAGACUAUUGAUUAGAUGAUUUGUACAUAAUAUUUAGAGGGUUUUCCAAGUUUUAACAGACCGCUUCACUAAU